AUGGCUGAGAAAUUAGAAAAGCAUCAGGAGGGUUUAAAGAGGCAAAGGGAAGCAGUGAAAUACAGACUGAAGAAGCUGGCAGCUCGACAAUCAGAAAUCACUAAAAAGUCCUCAGCGAUAAAGGAGAGUAUCGUGAGGAAAUAUCAGGAGAUCCAGGCCGUCCUGGACGAGGACCUGAGGAUGACCCUGUCCCACCUGGAGAUGGAGGAAAGGGCUGUGGUCUCCACUCUGGAUGGACUCAUGGAGAGGAACUGUUCUAUGAUCCAGGAUAUAGAGCAGGACCUGGCCAGACUCACUGUGGCACUGGACCAGACCCUCACACCCUCUGAUUCUUUCUUUUCAUACGCUGAGCAGCAGGACAUGCAGACAGAAGACAGAGUGAUGGACCUGCUGAGCACGACAGACCCGAGCAGCGUGAACCUGGACGAGGCAAAAGCUGAACAGAUACUCAGCCUCACCAGCAACAUGCUUCUGCUAAUCCGCUCGCAGACUCCUAUAAUGAAGAAACUCAUCAAGAGCUAUUCCAGUGAUGUGUGUUUGGAUCCAGAGACGGCCCACCCAAAGCUCAUCAUCUCCCACCAAGGGGACAGUGCCACCUACACAAACACCUGGCAGCAGCUCCCAGACCUCCCUGGACGCUUCGACACCACCCUCAAUGUCAUCAGCUUGCAAGCUUUCAGCUUCGGCCGCCAUUACUGGGAGAUGGACGUGACUGGGAAAACUUACUGGGAGCUGGGCAUCACCUACCCAACCAUCCCUCGCAAGGGCACCACAGAGGACUGCUGGCUGGGCCGGGGCGGCGAUUCCUGGUGCGUGGAGUUCUUUGAUGGGGAGUACACAGCCUGGCACGGAGGAGUGCCCCGUCAGCUGACUUUCACCAAACGCUUCUGUCGGGUUGGUGUCAUGUGCAGCUUACCCGCAGGAGUGGUGACGUUUCUUGAGGCGGACAAGAUGGCGCCGCUGUUCUCGUUCUGUGCGGGUACCUUCUCAGACUGCCUCCACCUGGCCCUGUGUCCUGGACAUGACCACAAUGGCACCAAUGCAAAUCCUAUUGUAAUAUGCAGUGCUCUUUCUCCCACCAGUGAUCUCUGA